AUGGCAAAUAACGUGCUGGAGGAGAAACAGAAAAAAGGAGGAUUUUGUAGACGCCUCUGCAGCGGGGUUUAUCACACCCUUAAGGGUCCGAGCAUAACCCACAGCGUCCUGUUUGGAAUAUGUGCAGGCCUCUUUUACUACGGCGCCUACUACGGCUACAGGUACAUGAAAAUCUCCUUUUUUGAUACUACCCAUGUGUCCAACGAAAGUAGAAGACGAUUUAUGGAAAAGCAAAUGUUGUUUUACAACGACAUGGGUUACAACUUGUCAAUGAAGUACAUCGGAAAUUUAUGUAAAUACUAUGACCCAGUUGCGCUCAGACUUCCCUUUCAACCACUGUAA